CUAUCCAAAUCGAAGCUCACGGCAAGCACGGGAGAUUACUGUGGAGGAUGAUGGAUGUCAUUUCCUAUCAAAUAUCAGUUACUGAACUGACUGUUUAACGUUAUAACCAGUGUUCUUUUGUUUUGUUGCUUCAGUGAUGUCUCGACUCGUCCAGAAGUCUCCAUCUCUUUGUACGGAUCUACCAUUGGACAACUCUGAUAUUUGUACCAAGCUUUAUUUGCUGAGGCAGCUUCUGAAAUCGUGUUUUGGCCCAACAGGUAGACUUAAACAAGUUCAUAACAAUAUUGGAGGACACGUUAUAACCACCUCCAGCUCAUCCGUUCUCCUUCCAGCCAUUUCCUCCUCGCAGUCUUUUAUCAAUCUGAUAAAAACCUCGAUUCUGAACCACGUUUCUCGCUUUAGUGACUGUGGCUUGUUUGCGGCCAUUCUUUGUUUAUCUCUUAUUGAGCAAGCAAAACAGUCUGGCCUCAGUUUCAGUGUGGCUAUCAAACUGAACAAGCAUCUGCUGGGAUUGUGCACCGGUUACCUGCAACAGGAAGAUUGUGGUUGCAAAGUUAAGCUCGACUUCUGCAGCAGUCAUAACUUGAUCACAUUAGCUCGCAGUAUUAUCUCCAGCAAACCAGCAUGCGUGCUCACUGAGUCAGAGGCACUUCACAUCAGCAAAUUGGCUGUACAUGCGUUUUUGCUGACAGUUCCCUGUAACCGCCCAGGUGAAGUCCGCCUUGGCAAAGCAGUGACCGUCUCUGUCGAAGGCCAUCCUGUGCUGAACUCCGCAGUGUUUCCAGGUCUACUGGUGGACGCGCCUGAUGUCUCGGGCAUCGACGAGUCAGAGAACAUGCGUUCAAAUCCACUGCGCGUGGUGUUGUUCAGCGCAUCUCUUGCAGGAGACCUCUCUGAACUGGGAGAUGGGAUAUUUGACGUGCACCCAGGCGUAGACACGGACUUGCAGAUACUGGAUCGGCUCUUGGAGCUGGUCAAACAGGUGGUUGAAGAUGAAGUGAAGCUCUUCGUGUGCCAGAAGGUCAUUCACCCGGUUGUGCAGCAACACCUAAAGAGUCGUGGUGUCAUAGUGAUCGAAAGACUGGGAAACCCUCUCAUGGAGACACUUACUCAGCUGACAGGGGCUCAACCUGUGGCCACAUUGCACACCACAAUCCCAGCCAAGGCCUACGGAGAGGUGAGGGAUCUCAGUAUUAUUCACUUUGGAUCCAGGACAAUGCUGCAGUUACACCCUCCUGGGGAAUCGUCGAUCUGCACGAUGAUCCUUUGCCACAGGAACGAGACUAUGUUGGGUGAGCUGAAGGUGGCGUUCCAGAAGACUGAACAUGUGUUGAGGCUCACCCUGAGAGAACCAUCGGCCCUACUUGGAGGUGGGUGUACAGAGACCCACUUAGCUGCCUACGUCAGACACAAGAGCAUCCAAGAAGUCCCAGAGACCUUAUCGGCCCUCGGCUGCUCACAGGCGGAGCUGCUUCUGGGCGCGGGCGGAUUCUGUCGCUCUCUGGAGUCUGUCGCCGCAGCGUUGGAGCACGACGGCGGGAAUUCUCUCAUGGAUCUGACUCACGCUCACCAUUGGACUCACCCUGCAGAUGUUAUGAGAGAACACCUGGAUGAGAGCUUGGGCUUCUGUGGCUGUGGACUGAUGGAAGGUAGCCCAGAACAGAGGCGGGCUUACCUAAACACCAAUUACCCACAAUUCUCACCUGCACCUCUGUCUAGAGAUACAGCUGUGCAGCCACGUGUCCUUGACUCCUUCGCGGCUAAAUUCAAUGCCUUGCAGGUUGCUGUAGAAACGGCUAAUCUUGCACUGGAUGUGCGAUAUCUAGUUCAAGAUAUAAACUAGUGAAUGAAUGCUGUUUUUUAUUUUUCAAAAGUAAUAUUCUCUUUAGACGCUAGGUGUUUGCAUUGUCUUGUCUAAAAAUCUGUCAGUGCAUUUACCUCUUUGUUAAUAUAUAUAUAUAUAUAUAAAUUUAGCUAAAGAAAAGCCAAGCCAGUCUGGCCGGGACCGUCCUCCCCGGAGGAGGGAGUCCCAUGUGGGGCCGUGAGCAGGUCUGUGUCUUCUUGUGAUGGACCAGGUGUCUCAGUCUCCCACAGCUGACAAAGCUGAGCCAGUCCUCGCAGCAGUGCAUCUCGCAGUGUUGCAGUUACCUUUCCCUUUUAAUACUAAUCUUAGUUGUUUGUUUGUUUUCAAAUAGAUUUAAACAACCUCUUUUGCUCCUCUCGAAGCAAUUAGAUAAGUAUGUUAGAAUCUGAAAUGCAAGUGCUCCCCUUCACACCAUGGGUGCCAACAGCUUUUUCAAAGCUAUGAUUGGAGCAAACCGCAUUGCAUUUAAUCUGUUUUGAAGUUGUUGCUGAAAUCGUCCCUUUCCUGUGUUUUUUUUUUUACUUCUUAAAGGAAAUUCGGGGUGAUUCUGGAAGAGGCGAUGACUAUAAAGGAACCUUUUCCUGUCCUACACCUUAUUACCAAUGAUUGAGAGGGAAUAAGCGAGACACUUGCACAAGAUAACCGACUAAACUCACCCUAACUUCACAAUAAAGUCAUUAGAGCGGCUUAUAAAUGUUCUUCAGUGUUUAAGUAGCAGUGAGAUGAAUGUGAUUGUAAGAGCCUAAAGUGGAUAUAUAUGUUGGCAUGACGCCCCCUUCCUUUUUUCUUAUGACGUCAUGUUUACAGCAGGUGCACUUUAGAUGGGCUGAGCAGGCACGAGGUCACAGUUUUUCUAGCGGGUGACGGAAUAUGUUUUUGUAUGUUUUUUAACGCUUUAUUUUCGCGGAAAUAAACACCAAUCUAAAAGAAUAUAAAGCUUCCUGUCAUUCGCGUCAAGGAAAUGUAUCAGUGUGUCUCCAGCUCAAUUGCGGCUUAAUAAUGUUCGCGACGGAAGGAACGCCGCUACAGUGAUCUUAAACAUUCCGUCUAACAAUCUGUCUAAAUAGAACAAAACAUGUGACUAUAGAUCCUGAUCUGAUGCUGCUAGUCUGGAAACGUGUGUGAGGUGCUGCUCUGUUAGCUGUAUUGUAGAGCGGCAAUCAGCUUUUUUCACUGCACCCAAAUUCAGUUGCACAGAUUCAUACACUUUAACAGGAAUCGGUAGAAAUGCUUUAAGUGGGUCAGAUUCACAGACUAUAGUUUUCUAUUGUGGUUUAUUCUUAAUUACCAGUUUGUAGUAAUGUUCAGUCUUUGCUUAAACUG